UAAAAAAAGAAAAGAACUUCAACUUCACGGUCAAAUCUGAAAAGUGUUUUGCCGCCACGUCACAUUGAUAAAAGUAGAUAUCUGUUGUCGUAGACCCUUUCCUCAAAAUGCUCGGACAAUCGUCACUCGCAAAGAGUUUCCAACUUCUCAAUUCAUUCAAUCUUUCAUUCACCAUUUCACCAAUUUCCUUAAAACCCUAACCCUAAAACCCCUUUCAAUUCAAUCCCAAAACACUUCCAAUGGACAUCAAUCACCACCUAUCAGACCUUUCCAUUUCCUUACAAUCCAUUCCCUCCGACGACAACUUCCGUUUCCACUACAACUUCCCCGAAUUCAGACACCUCAUUGAAGAACUCACCAGAAAAUCACAAUCCAUGUUGAACAAAAUCGGCUCCUCCGACCACAUUUGGGGCACAGGUUCCUCUUUCCCCUCCGACAUCGACGAUGCUUAUGAAUGGAUUGUUAACGCAAACGAAGACGUUUUGGAACUUGUUGACGAGUUGGUGGAUGAGUUUCAUAGGGUUCUGAAGGAGGAAGGUGAAGACGGGUUUCUAAAGAUUAUGAAGGAGAAGAAAAAAGGUGAUGAAACGAAGCCGAAAGUGUCGUUUCAUGUACACACUCUUAGGAAGCCUCAGUAUCAUUAUAACCUUGUGGUUGAUAAUUCAAAUGUACCUUUUGAACAUGUUUGGUUGGAGAAGAGUGAAGAUGGGCAGAGGUUUAUACAUCCACUGGAGAAAUUCUCUGUUUUAGAUUUUGUUGAUAAAGAUAAUAUUGAGAAUCUUGUUCCAGUAAAGCCUCCUCCAAUGGAAUGCACACCUUUCAAGCUUGUGGAGGAAGUCAAAGGGUUGAAGGAGUUGGCUGCUAAGCUGAGUUCCGUUAAUGAAUUUGCGGUGGAUUUGGAACAUAAUCAAUAUCGGUCUUUUCAAGGUUUGACAUGCUUGAUGCAAAUCUCAACCCGGAAUGAGGAUUUUAUUGUCGAUACUCUGAAGCUCCGCGAUCAUGUUGGGACAUACCUGAGGGAAGUCUUCAAGGACCCUACCAAGAAAAAAGUCUUGCAUGGAGCAGAUCGCGACAUUGUGUGGCUACAACGAGAUUUUGGCAUUUACGUCUGUAAUAUGUUUGACACUGGCCAGGCUUCUAGAGUGUUAAAAUUAGAGAGAUACAGCUUGCAAUAUCUUUUGCAACAACUUUGUGAGGUUACAGCAAACAAAGAGUACCAGAAUGCAGACUGGAGAGUACGCCCUCUUCCUGAUGUGAUGAUAAGAUAUGGAAGAGAAGAUACACACUAUCUGCUUUAUAUUUAUGAUUUAUUGAGGAUCAAGUUAUUUGCACUGUCCAAGGAGUCUGAAAGUUCUGAUGAUCCUCUGUUGGAAGUUUACCAGCGGAGUUAUAAUGUCUGCAUGAAGCUGUACGAGAAAGAACUUUUGACAGAAGACUCCUACCUUCAUAUAAAGGGGUUAAGAGGGGCAGGCUUUAAUGGUCAGCAACUUGCCGUUGUUUCAGGGCUUUGUGAAUGGCGUGAUAUUCUUGCUCGGGCAGAGGAUGAAAGUACCGGGUUUAUAUUGCCAAAUAAAGUUAUUCUUGAAAUUGCUAAGCAGAUGCCUGUCACCGCAAGCAAUCUACGGCGAUUGGUGGCGGAGAGGUCAAGGCUCCCAUAUGUGGAGCGCAAUCAUGACAUCAUUGUUAACAUUGUCAGACAUUCUAUGCAAAAUGCUGCUGCCUUUGAAGAAGCUGCACUUCGUUUGAAAGAAGAACAUGCAGCAAUUAUGGCAAACAUAGCAGCUGUAAAGGAUGGAACUGAGGCUCCCCAAUCUCAUACCUUGAACUUAAAGGAUGAGUGCGAAGCAAAUGGAAGCAUUGAAAUUGAAAAUGCCACCUGUGUUAAUAUCUCCGAGGAGUCCUUGUUUUCUUCUGACCCUGAGGAGGAACAUUUUACACAUGAAGAUGAAAACAGACGAGUAAAAGUUAAAACUGAAUGUCUCACUUCAGAGCUCCCAAGUGUCAACCAUACUUUUUUUGAGAAGAAUAGGGAGGAUGCAAAUAAUAGUGUGGACUCUACAGUGAAGGAAAAUGGAAUGUCUACCGGUACUUGCGAUGCAACACUGCUGGGCAAUUCAGCUUCACAAGGGAAAUGUUAUCCUGACAAAAAGGUCAAGAAAAAGAUAAAGGUAGAACAGAUUGGAUCAUCAAUCAAUCUUCCAUAUCAUUCAUUUUUAGGCAACAACGAAAAGUCAAAACUAUCUGUAAGUGUAGCGUCGGAAACAUCAAACCCACAGAAACCUCUUUCAGGUUCAGUUUCCACGUCUGACAUGGAUACGGUAGACAUAGAUUCAAACUCAGGAUAUGAUGCAGAGUCGACUAACCUAUAAAUCUGCAGCAAUCUCCUUAGGAAAAUUUAUUUUUUGUCCACUUCAGUAAAAGGGAAGUGAAGUUGAGCAGAGGCCUGUUAGAAUUGUCAAAAAGAGUUCAAAAAUGCUUUCAGUCAAACAAGUUAGCUUUGGAGAAGAUAAAGAAAAUGGUCUUCCCAGGGUGGUCUUCUGCAGCUACAUGACUCAGUAGUAAGAAGAGAAGUUCACAACAAGCAAGCUAGAUGAUUGCAGGCAUUUGCAACUUUUGUAUAACGAAGUGGAACUUUUUAAUAGUAAAAUGAAAAUAUAGUGUGUACAAAUGAAUCAGAAAACUAUAUGUUGUCUUUAUUACUGUCCUUGAAUAGAAGUGGAGCAAAAUGAAGGUCCUCUGGUCCUUUCGCUCUUCAAAACUUUUGAUAAUUUUUUUUCUUCGAGCAGUGACAUUAUGUUUUGCUUGA